AUGAACGAUCAUCUUCGAGCGCAAAAUAGCUUGUUGAGAGCACAGAACAGAGCCAUGAUGCAAGCCAUGGCCAGCAGAUCUAACAAUAGAGCCAUCAUGUCUCCAGAGAAUGUCAAUGACCUACAAUUGGAGAACGCUCUUCUCAGAUCAGAGCGCGACACACUCGUUUGUUUCAUUGCAAGAGUGAUUUUGUGCAGGAGUAUUUUUGCCCCCACUGCCUCAACUUCGACUUGGCUUUUCCAAGCGGCGGUUAUGAUUGAACUUGCGGUAAGAGAAGUUCUUUCUCUUGCGAGGCAUGAGAUUCCGAUGCAGACGAACAACAUGUGGACAAACAGCAAUAAGCUGAAUCUGAGUGGAUACUACUCUAAUUUCUUUCCUUGGUACGCAAGAAAUGCCCCUGGGUUUGUACAUGAGGCUUCAAGAGCUUCUUCUGAUCUAGUUCACGUUGAAGCUUCAACACUUGUCACAACUCUUAUGGAUAUUGAACGUUGGCCAGAAAUCUUCCCAUCGAUUGUCGCAGGCGCGGCUACGGAAUUACAUCAUCGGAGAUUCCAAACGAUUAAUAUGGAUUUUAUGCCACUAAUCUCCCCAUCAACUGAAACCCGGAAUGUGAAACUUCUUAGAUGCUCCAAGCUUAUAGAGAACAAUAUGUGGGUUAUCGCGGAUAUAUCAGUCUAUUUCACAUCUUAUGAGCAACAUUUACGUCCUAAAUUUAUGAGAUUUCCUUCUGGAUAUCUUGUGGAGCGUAUAGCCAAUGGUCGAUCGAGGGUAACCGUUAUUGACCAUUGGGUUUAUAAGGAAGAAGAAGGCAUACACUUUUUUGAUCCUAACUCAGGAUUUGGUGCUCACAGAUGGCUCGCUGCUCUCCAUAGGCAUUACAGCAGCGACUGCUUCAAUCUGAGUCUUUCAAUGGGUCACCAUAUCCAAAUGUUCGACCCGGUCUGCCAUACCAACUUGCUUAAUCUAGCUAGGCGUAUGGUUUACUUAUUUUGGACCGGGGUUUUCGGGAUGACAAGACAAGGGUGGAGGUGGGUCCGUACGGUUCAAAAUCCGAUUAACCGGUUCAGAAUGUGCACUCAAGAGAGCCGGGACAUGAAUGGGGUCCCUUGCAUUUUGGUCAGCGCUACCGGUAUGGGUAGAAUGCUAGUUAGAAUGGAGACAAUAUUUGAUCUAAUCAACAAUGAGACAUUGGAAAAGAAAGAAAUCUGGGAGUACCUUGAGCCCUACGGCGAGGUUAAGGAGUUGGUUCGUCUCAUUAGAGGCCGUAGUCCUGGGAAUAUUGUUUCUCUUUUCAGCAUCAAGGAGCGCACUGGUUCUAAAGAGUCGGUUUUCAUUCAAGAAACUUAUUAUGAUUCUUCGUCAGCAAUGAUAAUCCACUCUUGCCUGGAAGCGUCGUCUCUUGCGGCUGUAUUCAUCAGUGGAGAUAUUUCCAACGCCCAUCUUUUGCCAUGCGGAAUCACUAUCACGCGAGGCAAUGAAGCACAAGGACAUCUCUUGUGCGCCAAUUACCAGGUGAUCACAAACCAACCUGCAGCCGCGAGCUCAGUUGAGAUGGUGACUAGUUUACAGAAAUUGAUCGAUAAUACUUUAAGAAAUGUCAGGAUGCGACAUUCUCUUUCAUUGCCUUCGUAA